AUGACUGAAUGGGUUCCAGAGGGUCAAACUGUGAACCAACAUUACUAUUUGACAGUUUUGGCAACAUUGCGCGAAUGGUUUCGUAAGAAACGGUCGAUAUUGUGGAAAAACAAGUCGUGGAUCUUAUACCAGGAUAACGCACCUGCCCAUAACGCGCUGUCUGUGAAGCGUUAUUUGGCCGCUUAAGGCACUUCAGUACUCGAAAACGCGUCUUGCUCACCCGACUUGGCACCCUGCGACUUUUACUUGUUUCCGAAGAUAAAGUCUGCCUUAAAAGGAAUCCGGUUUGAGUCGAUGGAAGAGAUGAAACCAAAAUUGGCGGAACUCCAGAAUGGUCUUAUGAAAACAGACUUCCAGCACUGCCUCGAGCAAUGGAAGAAACGAUUGAAACGGUGUGUGAAUAGGGGAGGAGAGUAUAUUGAAGGGGAACAUUUGGUUGUGGAAUAAUUUUUAAAAUAAAACCAUUUUUCAUAAGCAGUCUCGUUGUUUAAUAGCCAGACCUCGUAAUAUUAUAUUCCUAACCGUAAUUAUUAUAUUUCCUACACAAUUUUUUCUGAUUUGAUUAAUUCGUAUUAUAAUAAUAUUCGUUAAUUAUUUAGGUAAUGUUUAAUUUAUACACACGAUGAUAAGAUUAUCAUAAAACACGCUUCGAUGAUUUCGCCAGUAUUAAAUUAUUGUUAGUAUCUGCAUCGGCUAUCUUCAGACUUAUAUGUUUGUUAAAAAAAUAUAUUAAUAAUUAUUGCACAUGCAUGAAAUGAGUAUAUCUAAUUGCUCAGUACAUACAACUCUACUCCGUGACGUAAAUUCGAAAGAGUUAUUUUUACAAUCAUAACAAAAUACGCAUACGUCAGUCGAAACUAAAAAGAUCGUUCAACCUUGAUAACUUUUUCUUCCUGCGCUCUGCAUUAUGUAUGUAUAUUUCCUCCUCGAUCUUCCUCUUCCCAUUUGCAUGUAGGUAUAAGUACAUUAUUCUGAACACGUAACCUUUUUUUAUAAUAAUCAACUUCGUUGUAGACUACCGUGGGGUAGUAUGUGACUUAUAAUACGCGUAUUAUUAUCUCAUUUAGUUUGGUAUGGUUUGCCAAAGUUGUCUUUUUCUCCAUAAUUUUAUUCUUCUUAAAACUUUUUUGACCGUUACACUUUUUUACACCGCGAAAUCUCGAGCAUAUUAUGGUCUAAUCCCAAACUUAAAAUUGUUUCUAGCUUUGUCGAUUGUAUUAACUAUCCAUAGGUUUUACACCCGUACAAUAAUCACAAUUAUACAGAUGAUACUCAUUACCUUAGAGAAUAUAUUAAGAUUUUAAUUUAUUUAAUUUAUUAAGUUAUCAACGACUCGAGAGCUCAGAUAAUUUACUUUGAAUCCGCAUAAUAUAUUACUAAAUAUAUACCUAAAUAAAACCACAAUUAACGCGUGUUAACUCAUCUACACUUAGUCGAAUAGUUUAUAACAUUACACAUAAUUGAGUUAAUAUUAUUUAAUUCGUUAACUGUUUUCUAGUAGACUCAAAUACGUGCUAUGCCACGAAGAUAUACGAGGUGUGGCUAUUAAAAAACGAUACUGGUUACGAAAAAGUGUUUUAUUAUAAAAGUUAUUCUACAUUCAAAUGCUCCCCUUCAACUUCCCCUCCCCUCCCCCUCAAUUCAAUGCAUUGUUAUGUGAUUUUUAACAAGUUAUGUGUCUAUUAUUAUUUUUUUAAUGCUUCAGUUACUAUUUUUUUUAUGUUUUACGUAAUAUUCUGUAUACGCAUGGGUAUGUAAUAUGUAAUGUUUAAAAAAUAAUGUGUACGAGCUCAAUGAACGUACUUCACACACGUACUUAAUCAUCUAUUAAAAAAAAAAAAAAACAUGUAAGUUGACUCAUAAAUCAUUAGCGUGGGAUUAAACUCAAAUUCAAUUUUUUCGUUUGUCUUUUUAAUUUUUCCCAUUCCUACUGAUGUAAGUAAUAUAUUAUAUUUACAUUAAUAGGUAGGUAAUUAAAAUCUUUAAUAUUUUUUUAUUGUUUUUUCAACAAUAACUUACUACAAAAUAUUAAUAUUUUUCCAACUGUAUACUGUAUAUUGCUGUAUUUAUACAUUUUCAAUUUCAAACUGCAUGCUAAACCUAAAAGUGUUUUAGCCUUCAACAUAAUUUAGUUGUUUUACAUUUUUUAACCAUUUUUUUAAAAAAAAUGUGAUUAUAAAUACAAGGUUAGCAUUAUUAUUUGUAAAAAGUAUAAUUUAAGAAUACUUAAUGAAAAAAAAUCCCAUAUUGGGGAUGAGUGCGGCCACAGUUGAAAGUGGGUAGUGAGGAAGGUGAGAUACAUAAAGUUAUUUAAUUUAUACCUAUAACAACGAUAAACCAUUGAUAACGAAAAACGAUUUGUUGAGAAGUGAUGUUAUACAUCAUGUUUUGAUAGACUGUAAUAUUUACGAUUUUUGUCAAAAUUUGACUUAAAAACUCUAUAAAAAACAAAAUUUAAAAAAUACUACAUUAAACUAAUUUUUUUUUUCUUCACUACUAAACACGAAUUAUUAUGAACCUUCUGUCAAAUUUUUACGCAUUUCGGUUAAGUUUAACAAUAUAUCUGUAAAGUACCUUGUCUACCUACCAAAAAACAUUACGUAAAACCAAGCAAAAUUAAAAUGAUUAUAAAUAGCUCGAAAAUAACACAAAUGUUCUGAAAGUUUUACGUCUAAAAAAAUUAAAAAUAAGUUUCUUGUAAUCAUUUUAAAUCUCAACAAAUAUUUAAACUUAAAUUACAAUGAAAAAACAAAAUUUAAAAUAAUAAAGCAAUAUUUUCGUAAAAUUUUCGGUUAGUUUUAUAUUGUUUUUUUAUUUAUGUUGUACUCGGUUAUUAAAAAAAAUACAAAGGAAAUCAAAAAUUGACUUUCUUAGUCACCAACAACAUUAAAAACUAAAAAGAGAAGGUCUCUUGCCGUUUAUCUAUUGGAGUAAUAUUUAUGGUAGAAAACAGAAACUGUACAAAUCUAAAAUUAUAAAAUCGUUAUGCCGUAAUUUGAAAAAAUUCGUACAUUUUUUUUUUUUUUUUGGUUUUUCAGAGUUAUUAUGAAAAAAUACAUCAAAAAACGAUUUUCAUUGUCAUUGGCUGUGAGAAAUUUGUCGUUUUUCGAUUGGAGAAACAUUUUUGGCAGAAAAUGUGUUCAUAAACAGAAAAAAAAACACACACACACACAUAAUAAAACCAAUAUAUCCGUCGCUACGCUCCGAUUAUAAAAAAAUUUACGAUAACACGCAUAACACGCAAAUAGGAACGAGCAGAUUAUUAUUAUAUUACAUUACCAGCCUUAAAAUCUUAAACAUAUUUUUAAUAUUCAAUUUCAGUGAUUUAGAUCUCAGUGGAUUUAAUCAUUGUAAAUUGUAUGAUAAACCCAUCGACGUUAACUUUUACGAUAUUUCCACCGUGCAGCGCAUCUCCGCCAGAAACGGUUUAUCGUUAAAAGGUUUAGUUGCAUUUGCGUAG